AUGCCUCCUCUCUCCACCAGUAACACCCUCGUCCUCCUCGUCCUCGUCGUUGUCAUCUUCCUCUCCCCCGUCUCCCUCAUUAUCUUCGCCGUCCUACCCCGCCGGACUAAGCAGCGCGCACUUCGCCCGCAUUCGCCACCCGGUUCACCCACCCUUGCACCGGCGGGGCGUCCGCCCCCGCACUCGCAUUACGCCCGCUAG